AUGUUUGGAUGGCGAUCACCAGUUAAAAAGAAGAAAAUUAAACAAGAUUUAACAACAACUUUAUAUUCAAUAUCGUCUAAUACAACAGAUAUACCACAGGAAUCAAUAAAUUCAGAAUCAAAAACUAUCUCUUCACCAUUUCUACAUAAUGAACAAGAAUUGAAUCGAAAUAACUCUGAUGAAAUAUUAAAAUGUUCCUUUCACACGAGCUCUAAGAUAUUUAUCGCUAAUGAUAAUCUCAUGUUUCAUAAAACAUCAGUUCAACCAACGACAAUAAGAUUACCACGACAAACAACUGAUAAGACACGAAGUAGCACCAUACUACAGUCUAUUGAUGGAAAAUAUGAACAGAAAAAACAUGAUAAACGACUGCAAUCUCGACCAACUCGAGCCAAAUCUAAAAUACGUAAAUUUUUUCGCUUUGGAUCGGAAAAAUCAUCAACAACGACAAAUGAAAUAACGGAGAAUAAUGAUGAUGAGUCAACUAGUAGUCAUACAUCAGUCAAUGAUGAAUACGAUAAUCGUCGAAUUAUAUCAAAACAAAAACUAUUGUUAGAUCAACAAUUUGAUUCGCUUGAUAUUGAUGCUGACGGUUAUGUUUCACCCCAAGAUCUAAGAAGUGUGUUAAAAAAUUUCUCACAUAUUCCAAAUGUUGACGAUAUUGUUCCUGCAAUUAUUGAUCGUGCUGAUCUCGACAAAGAUUCUCGAAUAUCAAGAGUCGAAUUUGCCCAUUAUUUGAAGAAGAAACCAUCAUUAAGUAAACAAUUAAAUGUAUCAAAAAUAUCUUUUGGAGAAGAAUUUGGCUUAGCAUUUUCAAUAUUCGAUAGAGAUAAAAAUAAUUAUAUAACAGCAAACGAAAUAAAAGAAACAAUGAUAAAUAUGGGAGAAGGCAUCACAGAUGAACAAUCCGAAGAGAUGCUACGCUCUGCUGAUACAAACAGAGAUGGUCGUAUUAGCAGAGAUGAAUUUAAAACUUUAUUUUCACAAAUGGUGAAGACCGAAAAAUAA